UUCCAGGCGCCGUCACCGCCGUCCUCCCUCCCUGCCGUGGCGCUGAGGUCACAGAGGGCGCGCGGCGCCCGGCCCGGGCCCGUCGUCAGGAUGUGUGCUGCGCCGGGGACCGGCCCCUCUAGAGCGGGCGGGCAGGAGCGAUAGGAAAAACCCGAGAUGAGCGUGGAUUUGGGGAAGGAUUUUCCCCCAGUCAGUGUUUUCUGCAGUACCAAUAGUUGCUUAACAGCCAUGGCUUCUUCACCGCGUACCCGCAGCGACUCUCCACGGGAGGAUGGAGAACUGGAAGAAGGGGAACUGGAGGAUGACGGAGGGGAGGAGACGCAGGAUCCCUCCGAAUCUCAAGAAAGAGGUCGGAAGGAGAAAGGGGAGAAGCACCACAGCGACUCGGAGGAUGAGAAAGCUCAUCGGCGGAUGAAGCGCAAGCGCCGGAAAGAGAGGGAGAAGGAGAAGAGGAGGUCCAAGAAGAAAAGGAAAUCCAAACACAAGCGCCACGCGUCCUCCAGCGAUGACUUCUCCGAUUACAGCGAGGACUCAGACUUCAGCCCCGGGGAAAAGGGGCACAGAAAAUACCGGGAGUACAGCCCCCCCUACUCCUCCUCCCACCAGCAGUAUCCGUCCUCCCACAGCGCUCCCCUCCAGAAGAAGGGCUACUCGAAGAUGGAGAGCAAAAAUUACGGCAUGUACGAGGACUACGAGAACGAGGAGUACGGCCAGUACGAGGGGGAGGAGGAUGAAGAUCUCGGGAAGGAAGACUACGACGACUUUGCGAAAGAGCUGAACCAAUACCGGAGGGCGAAGGAGGGCUCGCACCGGGGCCGAGGUGGCCGCGGGCGAGGCCGGGGGUACCGCGGGCGAGGAGGAGGCAGAGGGGGCAUGCGAGGAGGCCGAGGCAUGGGCCGGGGCAACCGCGGGCGAGGCCGGGGCGACCACCCCGAGGAAGAGGAGGAGAUGUACGAUGAGGAGAUGGAGUACUGCGACAACGAGGAGCCCCUCGGCGACGACGACUACGACGACUACUCCAAGGAGCUGAGCCAGUACCGCAGGAGCAAGGAGACCCGCGGGAGGGGUGAGUAGCCCCGCGUGCCGCUGCCUC